AUGGAAGUUGCGAUUAAGUCGAAAACCUUAUCGACGGAAGGCUUAGCUGAGUCAACUAUUGAGUCCGUGAGUCACAUCGACAAGGUACCGAUCCCCGAGAAAGGUGACUCGAUCGAUGUUCUCCAACGGAAGUUGACAGCGCUGGCCGACGCUAUGCGCCAUGGGCAGAGUAUCGCCUCCAUGACAAACUACGCGGCUGCUACAAUCAAGGAACGCGAUACUAUAAAAAUUGCGACUGCCGAUAUGCCUCCGCAGGAAGUUGAGGCCUGGAGCCUAUACAUUGAUGGGAAUUACCCUCUUCCGAAAAUCGACUGGAACGACAGUCGCGACCCUAUACCAUUUACAAAGAGGCCUCUUCGUAAAGCUGAUCGUCGCGCAGAAGCGCUUACCGGCUGUACGAGAUUGACAAUGCGGAACCGUGCUAUGCAGUAUGGUUUACGAGGAACGAAGCUGUUCAUCUUCCUCUUGUCAAGGCCAUGGCACGCGUCAAACAAAGCAGUCUUCGUCUUGUGA